GUUUAUAUAAGCCUUUUUGGUCAGUUUGCAUCAUGAAAUGGUCUCUUUUCCAGUGCCGUCAUGGCGAGUUCGCUGGGCUGAACAUGCCUCCAAUCCCAGCGCUACCUGGCCCAUUUUGGCUUAGCCUCACAAGGCACGUAGGUAGAGACAGAGGGCCGAAGGUUUCCACGCAGGAAGAGCGCGGGCGGUUACGGCACCUCUGAGGAGGCUGUGAGCCAUGCAGCUGAGAUAUUUGAAGAAUCUGAACCCUCCCAUCGAUGGCAUGUCCAAGGUGACGUCCAUUUCAUGGAGUAGCAAUACUACAAGGCUUGCCACUGUGGGAGCGGACAAAAUUGUGCAACUUUUCGAUGAGCAAGGCGAUAAGCAGGACCGCUUCAGCACUAAGCCUGCAGACAAGGCGGCUGCUCGGACCUAUGCGGUGAAGACCAUCGAAUUCUCUCCUGACGGCACAAAAUUGGCCGUCGCGCAGAGUGACAACAUUGUGUUUGUCUACAAGCUUGGAACCGACUGGAAGGACAAGAAGUCCAUCUGCAACAAGUUUCAGCAGACCUCCAGUAUGACCUGUCUCAGCUGGCCUGCGGGUCAUCCCAAUGAGGUCGUUUUUGGCCUUGCUGAAGGCAAGGUCAAGGUUGGUCAGCUCAAGUCCAACAAGGCGGCCACCUUGUACUCCACGGACUCCUUCGUGGUCUCGAUGUGCAGCGGCCCGGACGGAAAUUCCAUCCUCAGCGGCCACAUCGAUGGCUCGAUUUAUCGGUUUCAUUUUGAGACUGAAACUGUCCCUCGCCCGACCACCACCAAGUUCGCGAUGGUUCCGCAGUGCGUGCCCUACGCACUCUCCUGGGGCUAUGCGGGCAUUUGCGCUGCGGGGAACGACCGAAUGGUGCGUUUCUGGGACUCUGAGGGCAGGGAAGGCCAGACCUUCGAUUACAGUACUGACUCCAAAAUCAAGGAGUUUACCUGUGCUGCCUUCAAUCCCUCUGGGGAGUCCGUGGUGCUUGGGAACUACAAUCGCUUCUUAGUGUUUGCAUGGCAUCCCAAGCGGAGCGAAUGGGCAGAGGUGGUCCAACGAGAGGUGCCCAACCUCUACUCGGUCACAGCGCUGACGUGGCGUGCCGAUGGCUCACGCCUGAUCGUUGGAUCCCUCUGUGGUGGAGUGGACAUGUUCGACGUUUGCAUCCGCCGGUCGCGUUACCGUGGCACUCAUGAGUUCACUUACGUCUCCUUGAGCCAAGUGAUUGUGAAGAGCAUCGCCACGGGGCAUCGCAUCGUGUUGAAGAGCAACGUGGGCUUCGAGAUUCAGAAGAUCAACAUCUUCCAGGACCGGUUCUUGGUGGCCAAUACGCCCGAGAGCAUCUUGCUCGGAGAUUUGCAGACUUGCAGACUAUCUGAGAUUCCUUGGCACUCGAGCGGCACUGAGAAGUUCUUCUUUGACAAUCCGACUGUGUGCAUGAUCUUCAAGGCUGGUGAGCUCUCAGUGGUGGAGUAUGGCUGCAAUGAGCUUUUAGCUUGUGCCCGAACGGAGUUUAUGUCCCCUCAUCUCAUAAGCGUCCGCAUCAACACUCCGGACGAGAACGAUGUCUAUGCUCCAGCCAUGGGAGAGCUGAAGGUGAUCGCAUACCUUUUGGAUCUCAUGACCAUUCGAGUGGUUGAUCUGGUGACCAAUACUACGCUGGCCACCAUCUCCCACGACACCCGCAUCGAUUGGUUGGAGCUGAAUCCGAAUGGUGCCAAUCGCCUCAUUUUCCGAGACAAGCGCCGGCAGCUUUACCUUUACGACAUUGAGCAGCAGAGCAGGGUGACACUGCUCAACUACUGCAACUACGUGCAGUGGGUGCCAGAUAGCGACGUGGUUGUGGCGCAGAAUCGAGGCCAGCUUUGUGUUUGGUACUCCAUCAACGCGCCGGACCGGGUGACAUUGCAUGAGAUCAAGGGUGACAUCGAAGAUAUCGAGCGCUCCAAUGGCCGCACAUGUGUCAUUGUGGACGAAGGUGUGAACAUGGUCGAGUACGAGCUGGAUGAAGGCCUUAUCUCCUUUGGUUCAUGCCUCGAACGAGGCCAAUAUGCAAAGGCUGUUGACCUCCUGGAGGAGCUGCCACUGACACCGGAGACUGAAGCGAUGUGGCGUUCUUUGGCCGAUGCUUCAAUGGAGCACUUCAAUUUGCCGGUGGCCGAACGCUGCUAUGCGGUCCUGGGAGAUGUGGCUAAGAGUCGAUAUCUUCAUAAGGUCAAUCGACUGAUUCAAGACCAUGCUGCAGAAGUUGGCGGUGAUGGCUCCAACUUCUACAUGGCGCAGGCGAAAAUGGCGAUGCUGGCGAAGCAGUUUCAACGAGCUGAGGCCAUUUUGUUGGACCACAAUGAGCUGGAUGAAGCUUUGGCCAUGUACCAGGAGCUUCACAAGUAUGAUGAGUCCAUCAGAUUGGCAGAGCGAAAGAACCAUCCAAAGGUAUCUCACUUGAAGAACUUCUACCUGCAGUGGCUUUUGUCUACGCAGCAGGAGGAGAAGGCCGGAGAGCUGCAGGAGAUUGAAGGCGACUUUGUCAGGGCGAUCGAGCUCUAUCUCCGUGGUGGUAUGGCCGCGAAGGCCGCUUCGGUGGUGCAACGCCACAAUGCCAACUACUCCCAGGAACUUCUGCAGAAGAUCGUGGCAGGGCUACAGGCCAGCGGCAUGCACGACCGUGCGGGCGCCUUGUAUGAGCGUAUGGGGCUCAUCCAGCCAGCUAUGGAUGCCUAUUGCAGGGGCCAUGCCUAUCGCCAGGCGAUCGAGCUGGCCAAGCAUUCGCAGCCGGGCUUGGUGGUUGCCUUGGAAGAGCAGUGGGGCGACUGGCUGGUGUCACAGCGACAGGUUGAUGCUGCUAUCAACCACUACAUUGAGGCUGGUUCUGCCAUCAAGGCCAUUGAUGCGGCAAUGACUGCGAGGCAGUGGCACAAGGCAGAGAUGCUACUGGAUCAGGUGUCGAUGGGAGCGGACCAGACAUUUGCGCUGCCCUUCUACGAGAAGCUGGCGACGCACUACGGGCAAUCCCGGCAGUUUGACCAGGCUGAACGCGCCUUCAUCAAAUCUGGACGACCACAGCGGGCGGUGCAGAUGUAUGUCGAUCAUGCGCAGUACGAGAAGGCGCACCGGGUAGCAAAGGCACAUCUGUCCCCAGCGGAGAAAACCGAGCUCUACAUUCAGCUGGCUCAGGUACUGGAGCAGCAAGGCAAGCUAAAUGAGGCUGAGCAGAUGUAUCUGGCAGUGAAUGAGUUCGAUUUGGCCAUCAACAUGUACAAGAAGCGAGAAGAGUAUGAGCAGAUGUUGCGCUUGGUGUCCAAGUAUCGCAAGGAGCUCUUGAACGAUACUUACAAACACAUUGCAGAGCAGUACGAAAUGAAAGGAAAUCUAAAGAAGGCAGAGCACUACUACGUCGAGGCCAAGAUGUGGACAAGUGCCAUGUCGAUGUAUCGACAGCUGGAACAAUGGGAAGAUGCGAAACGUGUGGCCAAGAUGCAUGGGGGAAAGCAAGCUUUGGAGAAGGUGGUCCUCGCCCAAGCCCAUGCAACCUUCAAGGAGCAUGGUGCGGAGGCAGGCGCACAACUUCUUGCAAAGCAUGGCCUCAUCGACAUCGCCAUUGACUAUGCUGUGGAGCACAGCAACUUUGCGCACGCCUUCGAGCUGGCCAAUUUGUCGGCAAAACACAAGCUACCAGACAUUCACUUGAAGAAGGCCCUCGCGCUGGAGGAUGACGAGCAGUUCAAACUGGCUGAGGAAGAGUUUAUCCAAGCCAAGAAGCCCAAGGAGGCCAUUGAUAUGUAUGUGCAUCAGCGUGACUGGGUCUCUGCAAUGCGGGUGGCCGAGGCCUACGAGCCCCAGAGCGUGAAUGACGUCAUGGUGCAUCACGCCAAAGAUCUGGUGGAUCAGAACAAUAUGCAGGCUGCAGAGAAUCUCUUCAUCCAGGCUGGAAAGCCAGAGCUGGCGGUCAAGGCCUAUUCGGCGAAACGUAAUGUCCCAGAGGCAGUGCGGGUCUGCAAGAAGCACUGCCCCCACAUGCUGGGAGAUGUGGUGGAUUCAUAUGGCGAAGGUGGUGGAGCACCAGGAGUAGCGCAAAGUUUGGAUGAGAUCCUGGAUGCAGCGAAGAUCUACGAGGAUACUGGCAGCUACUCGCGUGCAAUUGACACGUACUUAUCAGUCUCGGAGACGAGCAGUGCAGAUGCCGAUCGCCUCGAAGAGGUCUGGGAGAAUGCGGUGAGGCUCUCCAUGAAGCACGCUCAGGAGCGGUACAACGAGGUGGUGUCCAUUGUGGCCAAACGCCUCAAGCUUAUCCAGCGCUUCGAGGCCGCGGCGGAGCUCUACGAGAGUGUGGACCACGCACGGGAGGCGGUGAACUGUUACAUGGCCGGUGAGGUUUGGGAGAAGGCGCGUUUGCUGGCGCAGCAGAUGGCCCCUGACAUGGUCAGGUUGGUGGAAGAGAGGUACAAGUCGGAGCUUGUCAACAAAGGAGAUGGAGACCAUGUCAUACGCAUGACUGGAGAUGUGGAUACCGCGCUGGACAUGUAUGCUCGGAAUGGCGAAUGGACAAAGUGCCUGACGCUCGCCGAGAAGCAGAGCCCAAAGAUCCUGCCGCACUACUUGGUGCAAUACUGCAAGAUUCUUGCGAACAAAGGCGACAAUUUGGAGGCCUGUCAGAUGCUGGUUCGCUAUGGGCCGCCCACAGAUCCUGGGCAAUCCAAUUCCAAUUUCCAGCUCUACAAGGUCAUCCAUGGCGAUCUGUUGGCUGGAGAUCAGCCGGCUGGACCGCCCUUAGUACGGGAGAUGCUCCUGCGCGUCAUGACGCCCGCGGGCACAUUGGGAGCACCGCCCACACCGAGCAUCCUGGCAGAGGACCGACGGCCGCAGGCGGAGUUCCUCAAGGCAUUGAUGGCGUCGCAUUUGAUGACAAUCAGGGAAAGGCUACGUGAACGUCACAUGGCCCCGGAGCUGGUGGCCAAAAUCAGUUUGUCCCUGUGUCGCUACUGUUCCGAGUUCCCGAUGGAUCUCGCCUUUUACAGUGCUGGUUUGGACUGCAAGGAAGCAGGCAUGAUCAACAUGUCCUUCUUCUUCUUGAAUCGCUUCCUAGACAUUGCAGAUGCCAUCGAUGACCCUGAGAACGCAGCCAUCGAUAACACAGAUUUUAUGGACACUGACAUCCCAUCGCCAUAUGACUUGGAUCUUCCAGAUCAAAACCAUGUCUCGAGUGAGAAGGUGGAGGAAAUCCGCGACUGGGUCUUGGGAUGGUCUAUGGAUCAAUCUGUACAGCAAAAGAUGGACUUGCGACAGUGUGACAAGUGUGGCCACCACAUUUACGGGGGCAGCCUCAUUUGUACGAGAUGUGGGACACAAAACGAUCCAUGUGCAGUGACUGGCUUCCCCGUCUUAAAGAAGAGCCGCGUGGAGUGUACAGUGUGCCACGUUGCGGCGAAUCGGGACGACUGGAAUAUCUAUGUGCAGCAAUUCAAGGAGUGCCCUUGGUGCUCAUCUCCUCAGAACCCCUCCUACUGAGUGGAUCGAACGAGAGAGCCAGGGAUCGCCGAAAAGCUAAGCUCAGAUCGCCCAAAAUCAACUCCUCAACAGCAGAUGAACAAUCAGAUCCUUUCACAUCAGUGACCCUGUCCACAACGAUGAAUUUGACAUCAUUUCCUCUCACAGUUUCGCCUCUUUUUCUUUCG